GUUGGAAAAUUAGCAGGAGGGAAAACCAAUGAAAAAGUUAGGAGCUCGCAGCUGUGACCAAUCAACUCGUAGCAGAAGCGGGGCCAGAGACCGGAAGUUUGUGUUCGUGUUUGGAGUUUUUAUAAACAGAAAGUCCUCACCAUGUGGCCUGUGUUCUGGACAGCAGCGCGCGCCUACGCCCCCUACAUCACGUUCCCCGUGGCCUUCGUGGUCGGGGCGGUGGGGUACCACCUGGAGUGGUUCAUCCGCGGCACCUCCCCCCCUCCCGCGGACGAGCAGAGCGUGGCGGAGCUGCGAGAGGACCGACGCCUGGAGGAGUUGAGGGGGGGCGACGGCACGCAGGUCACCAGCCUCAAAGACAAGCUGGAGUUCACCCCGAAAGCCGCGCUGAACCGCAACCGACCCGAGAAGAGCUAGGGGAAUCGGGCUGGACCGGGGAGAACGCGAGCGUAGCAUCACUGUGGAGUCUGGGGAGAACAAACCCAAACUGCGAUGAAGAGAACAGCCGGCCGCUGUUUCCAGGACGCACAUUUUCAGAGCCUUGAUUAUUGUUAAACGCUGCCUGCCGACAUUCACUAAGAAGGUCCCCGGUCAGCAGGAUCCCCCUGCAGUUACUUUGCUGUGUUCAAGUGACUUCUCCCCCAGAGGAUGUAAGUGUUGAGCGGAGCAUCCUGCUGUGGAAUAAGCCAGCCUGCUCUGCGUUGAUGAAAGGACUCCAUUUAUAACGAUCCGGAACUCAUGCCUUUCAAAUGUGUUGUCAGCUUUAUUUUGUGUUAAGCUUGUCCUGUUUAGUCGGCCGUGUCUCCAAGUACAGUAAAGAAACAAAGCCGAACAACAGACACCCAUGCUGGCAUCACAGGUGUUCUGGAAAGAAGUAUUAAAUAAAUAAAAGCAAUUUAUAAAUAAA